GAUUUUUCAUAAUGAGAAAACCGAUGCGUGACAAACUGAUACUUGUCAUUGGAGUCACUUUAGCUAUAUUUUUGAUUUUAUCACACUAUAGUGAGGUUACCGAUUAUGAGAAUAUUGAAGUACAUCCACGUAAUCUGGUCAAAUCAAAUGAAAAACCUCAAAGAUCAUCAAAAGUUAUCAAUACUUCAUCUGAAUCAAAACCAGCCCAAUCUCAAAUCGCAGCAUCACAAAGAUCUUCACCAGGCUGUGACUGCAAAUCGGAAAAAUCUGGAAAACAUAUUAACUUAUGUUAUACAGACCCACAGAAUUUAACUUCCAUUGGAAAACAAUUUGAUUGUGGACACUUACCCAUUUUAGAGAAAUUAAAUCUCGUUGACAACCCUGGACCAUUUGUAGAUUUCAAAAGUACAGAUGAAAUUUCUAAAAACAUUGUAUUCGUCUCGGCAACAUCGGAUAAUCACUAUGAGCAAGCGACGAACAGCAUUUCUUCAGUCUAUAAAAUGUAUCCAAAUGCAAAGUUUAUAUUAUACAGCUUGAGUCUCAAAGAGACGUGUAUAAGUCAAUUAAAAGAGAAGUUUGAGAAAAUCGAAGUCCGUGUGUUUGACACUAGUGGAUAUCCAGAUUAUACAAAUAAUUGGAUGGAAUAUCGAUUUAAGCCACUUAUUGUGGCAGAAGUUAUGAAGGAGUAUGAAUACAUUUGGUGGAUGGAUGCGCAUAUUUCAGUUAAAACUGCUGGGCUUAUUGAAGCAUUUUCAAAAGAAUUAUCUGAAAAUUCUAAGAAAACUGAUACUAGAGUACAAAUCCCUAUAUACUUUUUCAUUCAUUCAAGUCACAGCAACUUUGCCACUUUAUUUAAAUCGUUAUUAACGUUUUUCCCAACAAAUUCCAUAUCACUUUUGAAAGAUCCUAAUCGUGGAGCCCAGCUGGGUGCAAACACUAUCUUCUUUGCAAGAACCAAAUACACUGUUGAGACAGUAAAAUGGUGGGUCCUGUGUGCCCUUGACCAGAAGUGUAUGAAUCCACCAGGUGCUCAAGUUUAUUGUCGUUUUCCAGAUAAUGAUAGGAAUACUCAAUUUGCUAAUUGCUAUAGAUUUGACCAAUCUGUGCUCAACCUACUGAUGCUGAAUGAAUUUCAAGACUAUAAAAAAUAUCAUUCAAAACUUGGAUCUUACUUUUAAAGUGCCAAUCUUAUAUUAUUUUGCAAUUUUUUGUCCGGGCGUGCUAUUUCGAAAUUCGGGUUUUUAAUAAAUUGUUGAUUUAAUUUUCAAAA